AACUUCUGAGGGCAAAUGGCUUCCAUUACUGCUAACCUGCCGCCGGCAUUGCUGGUCCAUGGUGUAAAGCCUUUUUCAGGGAACUUGAAGAGAUCCCCUAUUUUUCUUGUGCCGGGGAGACAGAAUCAUCCUGCUGGUUUAUUUACUGUAAAGGCUACCGGGGAAAGUUCUGAAUCUUCUACCUCCCUUACUGUUAUCAAGUCUGUUCAGAAUGUUUGGGAUAAACCUGAGGAUCGGGUGGGACUAAUUGGCUUGGGUUUUACAGCUGUAGUGGCACUUUGGGCAUCAGUAAAUCUGAUUACGGCCAUUGACAAAUUGCCGCUUAUCCCAGGUCUACUGGAAUUAAUUGGAAUACUGUUCAGCUCAUGGUUCACUUACCGCUAUCUCUUGUUCAAGCCUGAUCGGCAGGAGCUGUAUCAAAUCUUGAACAAAUCAAUUUCAGAUAUCUUGGGUUAGUGUAUUCUGCCGCCAAGGUUAAACUAUAGAGCGUGAUUUUGGUGCAGAUUCUUAAGGUCCAAGCAACUUGUUCUUGUGAGAGGGUUGGAAGGAAAAGAAGAGCUGAGGGUUUUGUUGCCGGGCUUAAAUGACUGUGCAAAG